UGAUGUAUCCAACUAUGGCAGAGUCAUCCGAAAACUUCUGAAGAUGACAAGACUCGGUGCAGUAGUUGAAGUCCGAGGUGUAAAUGGUGGAGAGAAAGGGAGACAAGACAGUACACUGUGGAGCCCCAAUGCUGCUGAUCACUCUGUCGGACACACAGUGUUGCAAGCACACGUACUGUGGUCUGCCAGUCAGCAAUCGACAGUGAUGAAGAAGGGGCGAUUUGGUAUGAUGUGCUCCCGUGUUUAUUGCUUCCAAAUUGCAAGAAGCAAUAAUCUCCAAGUCCGCCUCUACUGUUCCCAAGCCUCGCAGAAAACAGUUACCAAGGCUCUCAGUGAAAAUAAAGAUGCUACACCUCUGAAAUUGGUCGAACUGGGAAAGAAUUUAAGCAAAAAGGCGUUAGACCACAUCCGAGCCACAGCGAACACCCUGUGGGAAAACUAUGAGGAGUUUGUUGGACUGAAAGAAGUUCAAGAGGCACAGCUGAAUGUCACAGAGGCAGAGAAAGCAUUCAUGGUUGCCCGCGGUGUUGUUCGACAAAGCCAGGAAACUCUUGAAGCCCAGCAAUUGAAAUUGAAGGAGGUUCGGGAUAAAUUAGACAGAGUCUCACGGGAGGACAGUCACUAUCUCGAGUUGGCCACUCAAGAACAUAAACUGCUUCAAGAUGAAAGAAGACAUCGAACAGCCUAUGAAAAUGCGGAAGAAGUUGAACGUGAGACAUUUGCUCUCUUCUCAGCAGCAGUGAGGGGAAGCCACGAGAAAGAGCGGGCAAGAGCAGAGAGAACAAAAAACUGGUCUCUGGUGGGGUCUGUGCUGGGAGCCAUCAUUGGAGUCCUGGGGUCAACUUACAUCAAUAGAGUUCGGCUUCAGGAGCUGAAGGCAUUGCUCCUUGAGGCACAGAAAGGGCCGGUGAGCUUGCAGGAAGCCCUUAAAGAACAGGCGUCCAUGCACCAAGUCCAAAACAAGGAGCUCAAUGCACUUGUAACCAAUUUGAAGGAAUUGGUUGGCCAAGACAGUGCUGUGCAGCAAGCAGGGAAGGCCACCACUAACACUGGAAAAUCAGAAUCUGUUUUGAAACUGGAUCCUUUCAUGAUCUCUCUGAAAGAACAAGCAGCUUCAUUGAAACAUACCAAUACAGCAUUAGAGGGGCUGGAGCAAAAUUUAAAAAAUCUGCAAAUGUCACUUGGCCAAGUGGCUUCUGACAUCAAGACCGUAAAAGUUGUUGCACAGACCGAGCCAUGGCAAACGGUACCUUCAGAAUUGACACAAGAUUGGCAGACUCUAGCAACAGAGGAUGUGAUUGCUGGUUUAGCAGAGACUGAAAAGAGGCUGGAAUAUCAAAUCAGAACAAACACUAUGUACAGCACAGUACUGACAUGUGCUGCAUUUGCCCUCACACUGCCAGUAUUGUAUGUCUUCUUCAGAGGGAACUAAAAAAGAUGCUGCACCUCAGAAGCUUGUAAGUUUUGUAAUGUUUCCCAAAAUUGGGUGCCAUUUUCCAGCAAAUGGUGAAAAUAUAUUUGGCAAUUGAAUUGCAUUUUUGUUUCAAAUGUAAGAGAGUUUGUACUGAUCCGUACUUGCUUACUGAUUUAGGGCAUGUAUUUGCACAGCACUUCAUGUCCUUAAACUAGCCAUAGAAAAGUCCGACAGAGAAACAGGCCGUUAGGCCCAUCUAGUCCCAUUGGCCUGUGUCUGGACCAUAGCCAUCAAUACUCCUACUGGCCAGGUACCAAUCCAAACUGCUGUUAAACGUUGAAACCGACUCAAAUGUACCACCUGCACUGACAGCUCAUUCCACACUCUCAGGAUCCUCUAAGUGAAGAAGUUUCCCCUCAUGAUCCCCUUAAACGUUUCGCCUUUCACCCUUAACCCAUGAUCUCCAGUUGUAGUCCCUCCAGACCUCAGUGGGAAAAUGACUGCUUGCAUUUACCCUAUCUAUACCCCUCAUGAUUUUGUAUACCUCUAUCAAAUCUCCCCUCAGUCUUCUAUGUUCCAAGGAAUAAAGUCCUAACCUAUUCAACCUUUCCUUGUAGCUCAGGUCCUCCAGUCCCAGCAACAUCUGUGUAAAUUUUCUCUGUACUCUUUCAACCGUAUUUACAUUUUUCCUAUAGGUAGGUGACCAAGACUGCACACAAUACUCCAAAUUAGGCCUCACCAUUGUCUUAUACAACAUAACAUCCAUUCUCCUGUACUCAGUACUUUGAUUUAUGAAGGCUAAUGUUCCAAAAGCUUUCUUUAUGAGCCUAUCCACCUGUGAUGCCGCUUUCAAGGAAGUAUGGAUUUGUGUCCCAGAUCUCUCUGUUCCACCGCACUCCUCAGUGCCCUACUGCUCACCAUGUAGGACCAACUCUGGUUGGUCCUACCGAUGUGCAACACCUCGCAGUUGUCUGCAUUAAACUCCAUCAGCUAUUUUUCAGCCCCUUUUGCCAACUGGUCCAGAUCCCGCAAAUGUGCUGAUUCAUUUGACCGCUUUAUCAGCCAGAUCGUUAAUAUAGAUUACAAACAACAACAGACCCAGCAACGAUCCCUUCAGCAUUCCACUAGUCACAGGCAUCCAGUCAGAGAAGCAACCAUCUACUACCACUCUCUGCGUUCUCCACAACGCCAAUGACUAACCCAAUUUACUACCUCAUCUUGAAUGCCAAGUGACUGAACCAACCAUCCAUGCGGUACCUUGUGAAAUGCCCUGCUAAAAUCUAUGUAGACAGCAUCCACUGCAUUGCCUUCAUCAAUUUUCCUGGUAACAACUUCAAAUAACUCUACAAGAUUGGUUAGUCACAACCUACCACACACAAGGCCAUGCUGACGAUCCCUAAUCAGUCCCGUCUAUCCAAAUACUCAUAUAUCCGGUCCCUUAGAAUAUCUUCCAGUAACUUUCCCAGUACUGAUGUCAGGCUCACCAGCCAGAUGAUAUUGUAAUGCAGAGCAUUCAAUGUCAAUGGUCUUUGCAAUGAAGUAAGAAGAGAGUAAAAUGUUCCUAAAAUGUAUUGCUCACAAUUCCAAACCCUCCUUAAAUUCCUUCAGAAUCCAUGCCUUUGGCAAUGUGCAAUACAUUGUGGUUAACUUCAACUCUUAUUAAAUCUCAGAGCAUGUCAUUACCCAUGAUUGUUGCCUAUUUAUUUUUUUCUAUAAAAGGCAUUCCUAUUUUGUUUGAGACAAAACAUGCACAAUGAUCAUUUACUGGUGAUGAUUAUUGAAACAUUUAAAGAACAGACCAAUACAAAUAUAACACAGAUAUUCUGACCUUUGCUCAAACUGCCAGGUUCUGCUCUUCAUGACCCACUGUUUGUGAAAGUUGUACCUAUCAGUGAAAGAUAAUGCAAUAAUAGUAGUGUUCUAUUGCAAAAAUGUCUUUAAAAACUGCAAAUAACUCCUACUGUAGGUAAGCAGUGGGAGAAUUGGGGGUUAAUAGGAUGUGAAAGACUGGAAAACAUCAUACUGGAUCCCCAAGUCAUCGUGUCAAAGAUCGGACGUCUGUAUAGGUGGGAGUCACAAGGGCCAGUGACACCUGCCAUCCAGGUCAACAGGGUCACAAAGAUACAUGCAUGUCCUGAGAUUGAGGUCCAAAGGUCAAAGUCUUGAACGACAGGUCCUGGGUUGAAGCCUGAAUAUCAAACCCCUGAUUGGAGAGUCCUGACAUUUAUAUGCAGAGGUCGACAAAGUCUAGAGGACAAAGCUGAAGGUCAAGUUCAAAUUCAAAUUCAAGACCAUACAUGAAUAUAGCCAAAUGAAACAGUAUUACUCCGGAGCCAAUCACAAACAAGAGAAAAACUGCAGAUGCUGGAAAUCAAAGCAACAUACACAAAAUGCUGGAGGAACUCACCCCAUCUAUGGAAAGAAGUAGAGUCGACAUUUCAGGCCAAGACCCUUUGGCAGGAUGGACAGAAAAAGAUGAGUAGAGUUAAAAGGUCAGGGAGGGGAGAAUGAAACCCAAGGUGAUAGGUGAAACUGUGAGGGGUGGGGUGAAGUAAAGAGCUGGAAGGAUCUUAAAUUAAUUAUCAUUCAGGAUUGAAAUUCUUCAGUGAGAGCAUAAUGAGAGAUGUGGACCAGGUAUAUUCAUGGUGAAAGAGAUACAGGGCUGCAGAAGGAAGAGUCUGAUAGGAGAGGACAGAAUGCCAUGGAAGAAAGAAAAAGGGGAGGAGCACCAGGAGGCGAUGGGCAGGCAAGGAGAUAAGGUGAGAGAGGGAAAAGCGGAUGGGGAAUGGUGAAGGACAGGGUGGGGGUGGCAUUACCAGAAGUUUGAGCAAUCAGUGUUCAUGCCAUCAGGUUGGAGGCUAACCAGACGGAAUAUAAGGUGUUGUUCCUCCAACCUGAGUGUGAUCUCAUUGGAACAGUGGAUUGACAUAUUGGAAUGGAAAUAGGAAGUGGAAUUAAAAUCGAUGGCUACUGAGAGAUAGUAGGGAAAGAUGAGCUUGGUGGUGGGAUCCCAUUGGAGAUGGUGGAAGUUCGGGGGAAUUAUGUGCUGGACGCAGAGACUGGUGGGGUGGUAGGUGAGGGCAAAAGGAACCCUACCCCUGGUCAGGUGGCAGGAGGAUGGGGUGAAAGCAGACGUGUGAAAUGGAAGAGAUGCAGUUGAGGGCAGUGUUGAUGGUGGAGGAAGGGGAUCCCCUUUCUUUGAAAAAGGAUGACUUCUCCUUCAUUCUGGAAUGAAAAGCCUCAUCCUGAAAGCAGAUGCAGUGAAGACGGAGAAAUAGAGCGAAGGGGAUGGCAUUUUUACAAGAAACAGGUUGGAAGAGGCAUAGACCAGGUAGAUCUGGGAGUCUGUGGGUUUAUUAUAGGCAUCAGUAGAUAAACUGUCUGCAGAGAUAGAGACAGUGAGAUCAAGAAAGGGGAGGGAGGUGUCAGAAAUGGACCAGGUAAAUGUGAGGACAGCGUGGAAGUUGGAGGCAAAGUUGAUGAAGUCAACAAGUUCUGCAUGGGUGCAGAAAGCAGCACCAAUGCAAUUGUCAAUAUAGCGUAGGAAAAGUUGGGGAGUGAUAUCAAUGUAGGCUCGGAACAUAGACUGUUCCACAUAGCCAACAAAAAGCAGGCAUAGCUGGGACCCAUGUGAGCCCAUGGCUACACUUUUUGUCUGAAGGAAAUGGGAGGAGCCAAAGGAAAAAUUAUUAAGAGUGAGGACAAGUUCCACAAAAUGGAAGAGAGUGGUGGUGGAGCAGAACAGGUCGGGUCUGGUGUCCAGAAAGAAACAGAGAGCUUUGAGGCCUCCUUGGUGGGCGAUGGGGGUGUAUAGGGACUGGACAUUCAUAGUGUAAAUAAGAAGAUGGGGGCCAGGGAACUUGAAAUCAUUGACAAGAUCCAGAGCAUGUGAAGUGUCAUGGAUACAGGUAGGAAGGGACUGAAAUGGGGUGAUAAAACAGUGAAAAUAUGCAGAUAUAAGUUCAGUAAGGCAAGAACAAACUGAAACAGUGGGUCUACCUGGAAAAGUGGGGUUGUGGAUCUUGGGUAAGAGGUAGAAACAGGGGGUGCAGGGUGUGGGAAAUGCAUUCAGACAUGGUUGAGAGGAUCAGUUGUUCAGCCCAAACAUUCGAAAGAGGACGAAGUGUAAUCUAAGUGACUUUGACCAUGAAAUGAUUUUUGGUGCCAUAUGGUUUUUUUUGAGUAUCUCAGAAACUGCUGAUCUCUUGGGAUUUUCAUGGACAACAGUCUCUAGAGUUUACAGAGAAUAGUGCGAGAAUCAAAAAGCAUACAAUGGCAUCAGUUUGUGUGGGUAAGAAUGCCUUGUUAAUGAAAGAGGUCAGCGGAAAAUGCCAGACUGGUUCAAGCUGAUAGGAAGGCAACAGUAACUUCAAAUGACCACGCUUUGCAACAGAAGAGCAUCUCAAUGCACACAGCAUCGAAUCUUGAAGUGGAUGGGCUAUAGCAGCAGAAGACCGUGAACAUACACUCAGUGGCCCUUCAUUAGGUACAAGAGGUACCUAAUCAAAUAACCACUGAAGGUAGAUUAGUAAGUGAUAUUUGCUAUUCUCAAUUUCAACUUUAGAAAAAAAAUUCCACUUGUUAGCAUUGAACAGUGAGAAGUGAAACAGAGACACAAACAAAGAAACAGGUUUAACCAUCGAAGUUGUGGACGGUUUUUUUAACAUAGAACAUAGCACGGGAACAGGCACUUCAACUCACAAUAUUGUGCUGAACCAGCUAAAAAGUAAAUCAAACCCCACCCCCAAAAAAACUAAACCCUCCCAGCUACACAUGUGCAUAUCCCUCACAUUCAUGUGCUGAUCUAAAUGUCUCUUAAAAGCCUCUACCACCAUACCAGGCAAACCAUAUUCUCAUAUUUGCCCAUGGAAUUGAAGAUAAAGAUAAAUGAGUAAGGCCAAGAAUUGAUUUAUUCAUUCACAAGAUAUUGGUAUUGCUGUCAAGAAAUGUGUGUUGCCUAAUCUAGGUGCCCCUGGGUUGUGUGAUGAACUAACUUAUUGAAUUGCUGUCAUCUUUUGGAAAUAUUCCCACGGUGUUACUGGAGAGGGAGUUAAAGGGUUUAGACUUGGAAAGGAAGCUGCAGGUGGUGGUGAUGGUCCCAGGGGCAUGCUACAAUAUAAAACUCUACCUUACAGACAAUGUAAACAAAAUGGCUGAUGAAGUGCAUUUAUUUCCUUGGUGACUCACAGGUAUUUGUAACAAGGUGCUGUCACCAAGUCAGACUGGCGACACAUGCUUUCCAAAAAAAACUAAAAGGACACUCUAACAGUGGGUGUUCCCUCACCACCCCAUCCUGGGAAAAGCCACGUGCAAUCCCUGCCUACUCUUGCUUCUUGUGUUCUGCCCAGCCACUGCUUCUAAUCAUUGCCAGCAGGGAUUUCUAGAAGUGGAUUGUUGUUUCUAUAUCACAAAGGAGCUAAAGAAGUGUGUUAUGUACCCCUGGGGUUCCUUUGUGCUGUGGACUGUCACUUUAAGGCACAAGAGAGAACUGAGACUAACCUCUGGAUUUCUGCUGAGAGAGAGGGGCGGAGUCUGCCAUUCAGCCCGUGUUUACACUUUUACACGGACACUGACUACUGCUGCCAGCUUCUGGGUUGCCAUGGAAAGAGAGAGAGAGAGAUGGAGUUGUUUGAUGGACAAUCAAUGUUAUGGUUACUCUGCAGCAUGUUUACUUUUUACAAGGACAGUUACAGACACAGACACACACAGUUGAAAACAAGAUGGAUUCGAUCAAUGAAAGACACCAGUGAGCGAGGUCCUGGUUUAAACUUUCAGUAGCCCAAAAGGGGUGAGUUGAGAUUGAUCCUGAGUAUUGAUAAAUGACUCUCUCAAGUUUUCUGCAACUAGAACAAGUUUGCGGGAAGAGAAGAGAGGAGAGAUGGGUUUGAAACAGAAUAAACCUAGUGACAAAGAGAUCACUGUUUGGACUCUCUCCUCAGUAGCCCGUGAGGGUGAGUUUGUUUCCAUUCAACUACGAAGGUGUGAUUGUCACGUAGUUAAUCCACAGGAGUGGGUUCUCUGGUGAGGGGAGUACCUUGUGAAUACCACGUGUGUGUUACCCUUGUUUGGGUGUGGUAGUUCACUGAAGAAAGGCACCCCUGUGGCAAAUCACUGAUGGAGUUAUUUUGUCUGUCAUGGAACUGGAUAAGUGGCUGUCACAGUUGUGUGUUUGGGGUAACCUUGUGUGGAAUCUACCCGUGUGUCUACCCUUGCCUGGGUGGUGGUUCCCUUGAAGAGAGUCCCCUUUCUGAUAAGCUACUGUUGGUGAUAAUUCAUACAUGGAUUCUGUUGGAGUAUCCUGUGGCCACCACUUUGAGAUGUCCCGUAGCUGAAUUCGGGUGUGGUACCACUUGUGUUUAAAGGAUAUUUGUUGAAGAUCACUGUCGGUGAUAUUUCACGUGUGGAGUGGAACAACUUCGGAGAUAAAACCUACUACUAUUGUUACCUUGUAUUGCUGUUGUGGAAUCUGUAGAAUAUCGACGUAAUUGCCUUCUCACAACAUUCGCCUUUUGGGUUACAAAUAUCUCUCAUUAAUUAACCUGAGCAUUGAACUGAACUGUCUUACCUUCCAUCAUAAGACUGUAUCCCUUACCACCUAAGCUUGAAGAAGCUUGGCUUUUAUAUUUACACACCUGUAUAUGCAUAAUGUCUGUUAACCUGCCUGAUUUAUCUGGUUAUAUAUGACUGUUUUGCAUAGUUACCAAUAAAAAUAGAAUUA